CUAGAAGUGAUACCUAAUUCUGUUUGCUACGCCUAUGGAGUGAAUGAUCUGGUAAGCAAAGUUGCCUACCUCUCGGGAUUAUUCAUGAUCAAGAUCAACAUAUUCUUGGAUUUUCUGAAGCUAUUAACUUUGAUGGUAUAAAUUAUCAUUGAUACCUACAUCUAUACAAUACACAACAAAGCAACAUUUUGCCAGUAAGAAAUCAGAAUUCCCAUGGUCAAGAGGUCAGCGCUUUAUAUAAGUUGAUCAGUAAACAAUCGUGAUUUUAAAAUUUUUGAAACAUGUUUGAGUGCAUACAGUGUGUUGUGCUAACUUUUCUUGUUAUUUUUUGUGUCCAGAUUUCAGGACAACAAGAAGCAGGUGACCCAUGCAGGACAUCGACAGGCAGCUCUGGUACCUGCAAAUUCCUCACAGAAUGUCCCGCGGCCUUGGACGAGAUCAGGAGGGGUCGUUACCCCAAAGACAUAUGCGGGUUUCUAGGGACCCAAUCCAUAGUUUGCUGCUCUGGCGCAGCACCCGUCAAUACGAUCUCUAGACCGCAAACUCCUACCCCUAGUCGCAUGACCCCUACAAGACCGACCACUACUAGAGCUACGACCCCUAUUUCUAGACCUACGACCCCUAGAACCACUCAAAAACGCAAACCGAUUGCUUCUAAUGGAAAAGUCGGAGAUGUAGCAACUCGAAUGUGCGAAUCUUAUGCCAAGUACGCCUAUGAGGUUAGUAAAGAUCCAGGACUUGCGCUAUUUUCUGAAGGGAACGUGGAGGAACUGAUAUGCCCUUUCGAGAAGGAAGCACUCAUUGUUGGAGGGAGAAAAGCAUCACCGAGGGAAUUCCCACACAUGGCACAAAUUGGGUAUAUCACUGGUCCUGAAACAUCUUGGUCGUGUGGUGGUACCCUUAUCAGUAAAAACUUUGUUUUGACAGCAGGACACUGUAUGGAUGAUGCAGAAUUAGGCACUCCAAAGUUGAUAAGAGCCGGCAUCACCAACCUCACGGACCUGCGCGAAUCCCAAACGAGGAAAGUCAAAAACCUAUACACCCAUCCCGAGUACACCAUCUACAAGUACAACGACAUAGGCCUGAUCGAAGUUGUCUCCGACUUCGACAUGAACACUUACGUCCGCCCCGCCUGCAUCUACACGCAAAAGGACUUCCCCGUGAGCAACGCCAUAGCUUCCGGCUGGGGCAGGGUGAACUAUGCCGGGGACGACAGCAGGGACCUGCUCAAGGUCGUGCUGGAGCUGUUCAGCACCCCCAAGUGCAACAGCACCUACAGGAGGGACAUACUGGAGGUAGGGACCGCUCUACCCAAUGGUAUCAUGGAGGACGUGAUGGUUUGUGCGGGGUCCACUAAGGAGUUCAGGGAUACGUGUCAGGGUGAUUCAGGAGGACCUCUACAAAUAUACCACAAAGAAACUGCCGAGAUCAAAUGCAUGUACGACAUAAUAGGUGUGACGUCUUUCGGCAAAGCCUGUGGUUUGGCAAAAAAUGUCCCAGGAGUCUACACUAGAGUGUCAGCAUACACGAAAUGGAUUGAAGAUACUGUUUGGCUGCGCUAGUCAAACUUGAAGAGCUGGUGUCACUUACACAAUCAUUUUAUUCAUCGUUCAAAAUGAGGACUCACCAGCCAUAGCUUAAUGGCGAGUUCAAAUUGCAAUAAGCUGAAGCUAUGUAUAGAUACUUGAAUUAUUGAAAUAUACAAACAAGGUGUUUUUAUCAAAU